AGAACAGCCGCGUUUGUCGACCGUUUACGCGGAAAAUCGUAGAAAUAUAAACACGGGAGGAGGGAAGGGAUCGGAUGGUCGUGGCCUUUGCUCGAAAAAGUGCGGAGUAUAUGUGUGAUACAGAGUGUCGGUUAGGUCGUUCGAUAACCCGUCCUGUGUUCCGCGAAGUGAAAACGCCGCGUGGAUGAUAAUUGGCGAUAGACGACCGACCGACUCGGUACGCGAUUUGGUGCGGUUAAUCAAAGGCUCUCCUCGUCGCGCUUGGUCGAAAGGGAGGGUUGGAAGAAGAGGGUGGAAGGAAGGAAGGGAGGAAGGCUUUGGAAAGUUUUGGAUAAGGAUAAGACGAGAAAGGAAAAUUGGAAAGAAGUGACCGUGAUAAUCCUGCCCUGCCAAGUUUACCGGAAAACGAUCGGCUGGCUCGUCCACAUCCUACGAGAUAGCUGACGAGAAUUCCGAGUCGAUGAGAUCGAAGCAAAGGGACGCGAGCUGAAAACGCGCGGCCGCCGUCGUUGAAGGCUACUUAAAACGACCAUUGAGCACUCGUCGUCGGGGUGCUCGAAUUACCUACAACAGGUGGCCCGCAACUCCGCCAAUACGAGCGAAACAUCUGCAACUCCGGGCGGCUUGUGGGAGUGCAGCAAGUGCCUGGACGAGAUGCGGCUGAUGCAGAGGUUGGCGAUCAGCGGACUCCUGUCCGUGAUACUGAUCGUCCUUCUCACCGGCACGUUCGUCACGCGUCGUGAUCUCGCGAACGUGGUGGAGCGUGGAGGGGCGCCCGAGGAGCGCAGCAGCAACGAGCAGCAGCAAGCGAACCCCGCAUGGGUGCAGAGUAACGUGAUCCCGGGCCAGGACGAGGCGAAACCCCUCGAAGAUAAGGAUCGAUGGGUGGACUCGAGGCAGAGACAGUCGGAGCCAUCCGCGGUCGGACCCCCGCCGCUCCCCGUCCCCGGGCCCUACGUCAUUAAACCGCCUAAUCCACCCCUGGAUGACGUGACUAAUCAGCGCCGCGAGAAGAUCAAAGAGAUGAUGAAACAUGGCUGGGACAACUACGUGAGGUACGCCUGGGGGAAGAACGAGCUGAGACCGAUCUCGAAGAGGGGUCACAGCGCAAGCAUCUUCGGCGCGUCGAACAUGGGGGCGACCAUCGUCGAUGGCCUCGACACUCUGUACAUCAUGGGCCUUCACGACGAAUUCAAGCAAGGCCGGGACUGGAUAGCCGAGAACCUCGACUUCGAUAUCAACUCGGAGAUAUCCCUCUUCGAGACGAACAUUCGUUUCAUGGGAAGCUUGUUGGCCUGUUACGCUCUCACGGGGGACGUGAUGUUCCGGGAUAAGGCGGCUCAGCUCGGCGAGCGGAUGUUGCCCGCUUUCCAGACGGAAACCGGAAUUCCUCAUUCCCUCAUCAAUCUGCACACCGGGGCGAGCAAGAAUUACGGGUGGGCGAGCAGCGGGUGUAGCAUCCUGUCCGAAAUUGGCACGAUGCACCUCGAAUUCACCUAUUUAAGCGACAUCACUGGGAAUCCGGUUUUCAAGAGCAAGGUCGAGAACGUGAGGAAGGUGCUGAAGAAUCUGGAGAAACCGAAGGGGCUGUAUCCAAACUAUAUUCAUCCGAAGACGGGGAAAUGGGGCCAACAUCACAUGUCGCUGGGAGGGCUCGGUGACAGUUUCUACGAAUAUCUUCUGAAAGCGUGGAUCCAAUCCGGCAAGGAGGAUGUCGAGGCCCGGCAAAUGUACGACGAGGCGAUCGUGGCCAUAGAUCAACACAUGAUCAAGACGUCGCAGGGCAAGCUGCUCUACGUGUCGGACUUGAAGUACGACAGGCUGGAACACAAAAUGGGUCAUCUGGCGUGUUUCGCCGGUGGUAUGUUCGCGUUAGGCGCGAAAACAUUGCAAAACGAAUUGUCCGAUAGAUACAUGACGAUAGCCGCCGGUCUCACCAACACGUGCCACGAGUCCUACGAUCGAAGUUACACGAAACUCGGCCCCGAAGCCUUCCAUUUCAUCGAGGGGAACGAGGCGAAGAGCUUGAAGAACGGCGAGAAAUACUACAUCCUUCGGCCGGAGACCUUCGAAUCGUACUUCGUGAUGUGGCGGCUGACAAAGGAUCCCAAGUACCGUGAAUGGGGAUGGGAGGCCGUUCAAGCUCUCGAGAAAUACUGCCGUGUUCCAGGGGGGUUCACGGGACUCCACAAUGUUUACCUGGUCGAUCCGCCACAGGACGACGUCCAACAGAGCUACUUUUUCGCCGAGACGCUCCAGUAUCUCUACCUGCUGUUCAGUGACGACGAUCUCAUAAAUCUAGACGAAUGGGUGUUCAACUCCGAGGCGCACGUGCUUCCCAUCAGGGGCAAUCCCCUGUACCGGCCAGCUCCCUCUUUAUAAUUCAAAGAACCCUCAUACCUCGAAGAAACCACGCACCGAUGACGCAGUGAGACCCCUUCAACAGCUCUUGAAACACCGGAAGUCCUCCGCUGCGCACCAGGAAAGAAGAGCAACGUGAUCCAUGAAAAGAAGAAACGAAGUCGGAACGAUUUGGCUACGAGGGAUGUAAAUAAAGAAGAACGCGAAAAAAUUCGACGGUGUACGUGAUACGAGGAGAGAGAAAAAAAAAAAAAAAAAA